UCAAUUCAUACAAUUUCAUACAUUCACCACCACUCAUCCAUUACAGAGCUCAUUCUUCAAUCUUUCAAUAAGAUUCGCAACAAAAAUACUAACGCGAGAGCUGCACCUGCAUAAAUAAUCCCACAAAAAGAUCAAGGUUCAAGACCCCAAGAAAUAUUUUCAAGGUUUAUUUAUUUGUAUUCCAAGGCGACAAAACCCCUCCCCUCAGCCAACAUCCCCCUCAAAAAGAGGCUUUGAUAUUGACAAAAGAGGAAAUAAUCUAUUUAGAAACACUUUCCAUCCCUCCCCCAAGUUUCAUAUCAAAUAUCUACCUCCCAACUACUACCUAUACAACACAACCGACAACUACGAUCCAGUGUUUCCAAAAGCUAGCUGAGCUACUACUUCUUUCCCCCGCGACUAUUAACAAACUUACCAAAUUAUCUAUCAACUACAUACACUUCGCCAAAAGAAGAAAAAAAAUCUGAUCGAUUUCUUCCUUGAUAAAUUUCUGCUGCAAAUACUUUCGAAUCCCAAACAAUCCAAGAGAAACCUUGCAGGAAAAAGAAAAAUACAUCAAUAUGGUAUCAUUCAGUUGUGAGGUAUGUUUAUUAUCGCUACGACCGCCCUACCUACCUAUCCAAUAUUAUUGAAACACCAAUACCUGCACAUACAGCUACACCUACGUUGACUAUGGUAACUCAAAAAUCUUGUCUAACAAAAAUCAUUUAUACAGAAUUGCGGAGAUGUCCUUACGAAGAAAAAACUCGAUCCUCAUCGAAAUCAAUGUCGCGGCGCUUCAUAUACUUGUCUAGAUUGCAUGGUACAUUUUCAAGGCCUAGAAUAUCGCGCGCAUACUGUAUGUAAACAAAUACGAACCCAGACGCGGGGCACCAUUUGCUGACAACAAUUAAAGAGCUGUAUGAGCGAAGCGCAAAAAUAUCAAGGUGCUCUUUACAGAGGAGAGGGUAAAGGGAAGAAAGGAAAACAACAAAAUACUCAGAAGAAUAAUUCGCAUAAUAAUUCUCAAUCUACUCCGGUUCAUAAAGCAUAUGUCGAAGAUGCGCAAGAUGAAUACGAUAAUUCACAACUCGCUACAGCUUCUUCGGUACCAAAAGCUCCUUCGCCGCCAGCAGCCGUCAAUGUUUUCGAUUUUCUCGUCGAUCCAACUCCCAAUGCAUCGCGGUUGGAACUCCCUGUUCCUGAUCAGAUCAUGAAUGCUUCUGAACCUACGCGUUACAUCGAAUCAGAGCAACAAGUUCGUGAUGAAUCAAUGAGCGAUAAUUCAGAUGUAUCUGAAGCAGAGGAGAAACCAUCCACGGAUUUGGUACGAGUGAAUGUAGCAGAGAGUCCACUUGCCAGUCUAGUCGAAUGGGGUUCUGGACCUGUACCUACAACUGGACCUUUCGAAACACCAGCACCAAAAGCGAUUGAAUGGAAACCAACCAAAGAACAUGAAGGGAAAUCGAAAAAAGACAAGAAAGAUGAGAAGAAGGAUAAGAAAGAUAAGAAGCGCAAACGUUUACAUGUUGAUACUCAUGAUUUAUCAUCUCGAGAAGGCGAUGUCCUAAUGGAUGAUGCACCACCAGUUCUACAUUCAGGAUUGACUGGUGGACUCGGCAAACUUCUCUCCCGUCCUUCAGUCUUUCCUCCAUCACCAGAUUACUCUGGUGCUGACGCAGAAAAAGAAUCACCUAGCGCCAAAACCAAAAAGACAAAAGAAUCCAAACGCGCCAGUCGUGCACGCACACGUCAUGAUGGAUUUGGUAGCAACUUUAUGGCCUUAAUCACCACUCGUCAGCCAUCUCGCGAACACUCAGAAGACAGACCCAAGAAACGCAAACACAAGCAUGGCAACAAGACAUCUGAAAAACCCAAAAUGCUCGAAUACAAACCUAUCAAUGGCGCAACAGAUACAUCUUCAGGCGAAAAUCAAAUGGUAGUUUAUAAACCUCGCGCAGAACUUCUCAUGAGUAUGGUGAAUAAGGGACCUAAUAGCGAAAAAGGUGUAUCGAUGAAUAAAGCAUUGAAGAGAUAUCAUCGCGAGAGAAUAGCGGCGGGUUUAGCUUUGGGGAAGGGUGAUGAGGAGAAGGAACUUUGGAGGAGUUUGAGAAUGAAGAAGAAUGAUAGGGGGGAGAUUGUUUUGUUUAUGUGAUUGUGAAUGUGAAUAUUUUACCUAGUGGGAUUUAUCUUGUAGGGUUUAUGUUGUGUUAAGGCUUUAUGUUAAUGG